UCGUUAUCGUUCUCGUUCUCUAAAGUAAAUCGAGCGUGAGGUUUUGUUGCGCGUGUGAACCUUUAGCUGAACAAACGGAUAGACGAGCUGUUAGUUUUAUUUACUAAAUUACAAAAUGCCGAUGUAUGUUGUCCAGUGAUAUUAAAUGUGCGUUAAAAAUGUCGAAUCCUGGAGGUAGCAGGCGAAACGGGGCAACAAAAAUACGUUUGACCAUUUUAUGUGCCCGCAACUUGGCCAGAAAAGAUUUAUUCCGCCUUCCUGAUCCAUUUGCCAAGGUCACUGUUGAUGGCUCUGGUCAAUGUCACAGCACGGACACCUGCAAAGCUACUCUAGACCCUAAAUGGAAUCAGCAUUAUGAUUUAUACAUCGGGAAGAAUGACGGAAUCACCAUUUCCGUUUGGAAUCAUCGUAAGAUUCAUAAAAAACAGGGCGGAGGAUUUUUGGGAUGCGUUAGAAUUUUAUCAAAUACCAUUCAGAGGCUCAAGGAUACUGGCUAUCAGCGGUUGGAUCUCUGCAGAGCACACACUGAUGACACAGACGUAAUUAAAGGUCAGAUAGUGGUAUCUUUAUUGUCUCGAGACGGACAUAAUGGAGCUGUGAGUAAUACUGUGGGCCACAACGCAGUCGUUGAUGUCCUCGGUGAUUUGAGUUGUCCAAAUGAUUUGCCUGACGGAUGGGAAGAGAGGAGAACAGAGAGCGGGAGGCUUUACUAUGUUAAUCACUACACAAGAACUACUCAAUGGAUCCGUCCUAACUCGAGACCUAAUGCAAUAAUACCGACGACACCGGAACCUCCGGCGCUGCCAAAUUCCGAACCGACGUCACCCAGCAGCAGCGGGUCGCCCUCUAAUGUCCAAUCCGACAGUCCUCCGCACAACAGGACCCAGGAGUCUUGGAACGAUGGCACUCCCAGCAGAACCCCGAGUCGCGACAGCUCGACGCAAAACACUCCGCGGAAUACUCCGACUCAGAAUCAGAGUCAGAAUCAGAAUCAGAGCCAGAGCCAGACUCAGAAUCAAAACCAGCAGCAGAACGCACGGAAUGCGACUCCACCUUCCGCUGGACGGGACAGAAGAGCCUCCAGGAACAGCGACGAACAAAAUGCUAAUGCCAAUUUGAAUAGUAGACCUGAUAGAAGUCAGAACCAGGGUCAACCCAGACGGCCGAGUCGCCCGAAUAGAAAUCGCAAUGGCGUUCUGCCGAAUGGUGAAAGAAGAAAUGAUAAUCAACCUCCAGAUCUUCCUCGUGGUUAUGAAAUGAGACAAACGCAGCAGGGACAAGUUUAUUUCUACCAUGUGCCAAGUGGCGCGUCAACGUGGCACGAUCCGCGGAUUCCACGGGAUUUGCCGGCUAACGAGCUGGCAACAGAACUGGGUCCAUUACCAAGCGGAUGGGAAAUGCGGCAAACUCCCAGUGGUCGUGUUUACUUUGUCGAUCACAAUAACAGGACGACGCAGUUCACAGACCCGAGAUUGUCUACUCAGAUCAUCAACAGCCUGCUGAAGAAGCACAACAGCAAUGGGGGAACGGUGACAAACAAUCCGCCGGGAAAUACCAGCAAUGCCGUAGUCCCGCCUAGAAUAAAUGACGUCGGCACAGAGUCAACUACGGGCACCACCACCACAGCGACCACCACCACAACCAACACGACACCCUCGACAGUUAACGUCACGGCGAACACAAAUCACCCGAGCAAUCGUACAAUAUCUAAUUCAACAAACAAUAAUUCAUUUACUGUUGAAAGCACGACGCAAAAUAUCAUCCCGCAGACUAUUUCGGAUCUGCCGAAAGAACUGAUGGAGAGUGAAUUAUUGCCCAAGUAUAAACGUGACCUUGUUGCUAAAUUAAAAUGUCUUAGGGCUGAAUUGAAUGCUCUACAACCUCAGAGUGGCCAUUGCCGCCUUGAAGUUUCGAGAAAUGAAAUAUUUGAAGAGUCGUACAGGAUAAUUAUGAAGAUGAGGCCUAAGGAUAUGCGGAAAAGAUUGAUGGUUAAAUUCCGUGGCGAGGAAGGUCUUGAUUACGGCGGAGUCGCACGUGAAUGGCUUUACUUGCUGUCACAUGAAAUGCUAAAUCCCCAGUACGGUCUGUUCCAGUACUCCCGAGACGACAAUUACACACUUCAAAUAAACCCCGACUCGGGCAUAAACCCGGAGCAUCUCUCGUACUUCCACUUCGCCGGGAGGAUAAUAGGCAUCGCGGUCUUUCACGGGCACCAUAUAGACGGCGGGUUCACGAUGCCCUUCUACAAGAUGCUGCUGAACAAAGGAAUCACUCUGAGUGACAUCGAAGGCGUGGACCCUGAGCUGCAUCGUAGUCUCACGUGGAUGCUGGAGAACAGCAUCGACGGAGUCCUGGACGCGAGCUUCUCUGUCGAGCACAGCAGCUUUGGUGUGUUGAGGAACCACGAGUUGAAACCUGGGGGAAAGGAUAUUUCGGUCACUGAGGAAAACAAACGCGAGUAUGUCAGGCUGUACGUCAACUACCGAUUUAUGCGGGGAAUUGAGCAGCAGUUCUUGGCUUUACAAAAAGGAUUUCAUGAGCUGAUUCCACCCCAGCUGCUGAGACCUUUUGACGAACGUGAGCUGGAACUGGUGAUAGGAGGACUCGGUAGUAUUGAUAUAAAUGAUUGGAAAAUGCACACGAGACUGAAACACUGCACGCCAGAUACACCAGUCGUCAAAUGGUUCUGGCAAAUUGUCGAGUCCUACGGCGAAGAAAUGCGCGCGAGGUUACUGCAAUUUGUCACUGGAAGUUCUCGGGUUCCUUUACAAGGAUUCAAAGCUUUACAAGGAUCAACAGGUGCAGCUGGACCACGUCUAUUUACGAUUCACGCAGUUGACGCCCCUAGUGAAAAUUUACCAAAAGCUCACACGUGCUUCAAUAGAAUAGACAUACCACAGAGUUAUCCAUGCUACCAAAAAAUGCUCGACAAACUUACGCAAGCGGUUGAAGAAACAUGCGGGUUUGCUGUUGAAUAAAAUUGGUUAAUUUAAAGGCUGAUGUAUCUGGAGGAAAAAUUAAAAAAAAACUACAACACUCAAGCUGUUAAAUGUUCGAUACUAAAUACAUAAACCUGUAUUUUCAUGGUGAUAUACGUAUAUAUUUAAUAUAAAUAUUUCUAUAUAUAUCGGCCUAGUUUUAAAUUGAUAAUUAGUGACAGGAGUGAUGUCGGUAACUCUGCUCAGCGGCGACUGUCAAUUAAAAUCAUAUCAUUCAGAGUUUUAAUAAAAUAAUUAGAAAAAGUAUCCGGCCAGUUUCGUCGCGAAACAUUUUUUAGGGUUUGACCUGAAAAAGACUAAAUUACGUAGGUAAUAAUUUUAAAAAAUGAAUAAUAAUGAGAAAAAUGCAUAUCAAUGUAAGUGUAAACUAUUUAAAUUUUAUUUAUUGCCAAGAAUAAUAAACCUGAGGUUUUAAUUAGGGAUUAAAAUUAUAAUAAAUUAUCAAUUGUUAUUUAAAGCCCUUGAGUGAUUAAAUUUAUUGAAUGAUAUGAAAACAUAUUUGUAUAUUUGAGAGAGAAUUAAGGAUUAAAGAUAAAAAUAAUUGAGUCGGCGGUCGGCGGGAGAUCAUUUUUUAAAUUUUCUACAGCCGACUUUGCUGAGUUGAUGAAUUUUUGACCCUUGUCCGUUUUUUUAAACGCGUGCAAUACGAGGGUAUAUUUAGAAAGAUGUAAAUAGUUUAUUAAAACAAGGAACUGUUGUUGAGUACUCUAAUAUUUAGAUGAAUUAUAUGAAUAUAAAUAUAUAUAUAAAUGAAAAUAAUUAUUCUAGUUAUGGAAAAUUUUAUUGAAUUGAAAUUUUUUUCAAUUUUGACAUAAAAUGAUCAGUAAAAAAAAAAAAUAAGUAGAAAAGAAAGUAUAAAGUGUAGCCUUAACUUUAAAUAAAAAAAAAAAUAGAGUAAUAGUUGAUAAAUAAAUAAAUGAAAAUAAGGCUCGUAAGAAAUUGAAUUUUUAAUGUACCGGAAGUUUGGAACGUUUUCCGUGGAACGAAAAUGAGAAAAAAUUGAUGUAAUUCGACUGCUUAAGGUUUACGGUAACCGAUUUUCAAUUCAAUUUAAUUUACGGACAAACACUAGAAACCUAAAAUAGAGAGUCUUUAGCGUUUUUUUAAACCAUAACAGAGGGCUAGAAAUUUCGGAUUUUCAAAAAUUCUAAUUCGUCUCCGAGAAAAAUUGUUUUAAAAUUCUCGUUUACUCAACGAGUGCAACAAAGAUAGUCUCGUUUAUUUUUCUGAGUGUAAGAAAGAGGUCCGGUAGCGUAUCCCCUUAAGGGCAUUCUCAGACAGUACCCCCCACUUUUUAAAAAUAUUCAAUGACUUUCAACUGCCAUAACCGUAUUAAAAUUUUAUUAAUUAAUUAAAAAAAAAUUAAAACCUUAAUUGAAGAAAGAACAACGUAGUCGUAAUUUCGUUGAGAUAUAAAAUUUAAAAAAAAUUACUUACAGUUGAUAUCAAUUGGGAGUUAAACGAAAUUUGUUAAAUAAAUUUUAGCCACCAAAUUUAAAAAUUCGAAUUAUAAAAUUGACGACAAUUUUACUGAAAUUUAUUUAACGAAUUUCGUUUAACUACUAAUUGAUGUCAAGUGUAAAUAAUUUUUUGUUAUAUCGGCGAUCUAUAUAUCGGCGAAAUUACGACUACGUUGUCCUUUUUUCAAGUAAUGCUUUAAUUUUUUUUAAUUAAUUGAUAAAAAUUUGAUACGCUUAUGACAGUUGAAACUCAUUGAAAAUUUUCAAAAAGUGGGGGGCACUGUCUGAGAAAGGCGUAAUUCCGUUCGAGGGUAGCCUAAGAUUUUUGGCUGACAUAUCAGCAUCUAUAUGCGAAAUAUUUUGGAAAUGUAGUCAUCCAGUAGAUUUUUUACUGUGCAUUUUUUUUUUUUCGCUAAGCAAAAAACGUUUCGAACUUCAGGUACAUAAUUUUUACAAAAUUCUCGAUCGAGUCCGCCUUAAA